UUUGUGAAACUAGAGAAUGGUGAAGGCAACAAUAUGUUUCAUGAGAUAAUGUCUUGUGACAAGAGAAAUAUUGUUGGGAAUAUGAUUUUCAAAGUUUAUGAAGAAUAUAAAACUAAAGAUUGCUCUGGGAAAUCAUUGUCAAAUAGUUGUUAUGAAUAUGUGACAGAUAUUGUUAAUCAUGAAAAGAAAACAACACUUUAUCUUCCAGUGGAAAAUGGAAACAAGGAUGUUGUUGAAGUAAUAUUAGAAAAGUGUGGAAGGAAUGAUAAUAUGCGAAUGAGAUUAUCACUUUUGAUAGCAGCAAUAAUGAUUCAUAAUCAAGAAAUAUUGAAGAUGAUAAUAAAAAAGAAUUCAACUUGGAUCCAUUCAAUGGAUAAACAUGACAUGUUUCCUCCUCAUUAUGCUGCAUCUAUAGGUUACCUUGAAGGUGUUGAUUUAUUACUUGGAUUAUGUAAAUGUUGCACCAUUCAAAGGGACAAAUAUGGUUAUUUCCCAAUCCAUCUAGCAUCUUAUGGAGGCCAUGUGAAAGUAGUGAAGAAAUUGUUACAAUAUUGUCCAGAUCCAACAAAGAUGCUUGACACUUCACAUGAGCGUAAUAUUCUUCACAUUGCAGCAAAACAUGGAAAAUAUGAGGUAGUAUGCUACAUAUUAGAAAGUGAAAUUCCUCAACACCAUAAGCUAAUAAAUCUAAAAGACAAAAAUGGAGAUACCACUUUGCAUUUGGCCGCAAGAUCAUUGCAUCCCACAAUUGUAUACUACUUAGUUAACCAAAAUAACAAAAAGGUGGAUCUCGAUUUGGUUAACAAAAACAACGAAACGACUCUUGACAUUGUUAGUUCACAUUACGAGCUUGAUAAAUCGUCUUUGAGACAGCAUCUUACAUGGACCGCACUUAAAUCUACAGGAGCAAAGCAAAGUUCAAGGAAAGAAAACCAACAAAGUGAGAAAGAGAGUAAAGAAAAAGAGAAAGCUUUAGAAAUAUAUCAGGACAAAUUAGAAAACCUCACAAUUGUUUCAACCCUUAUAGUCACAACAUCAGUAACAACAUGUUUAGCCAUUCCAGGCGAAGCAGAAGGAGAAGCGCAUAACUUAAAACAUACAAUGUUUCAUUUUUUUAUCAUCUUCAUCACAAUAUCAUUGUUCGGUUCCAUUAGUGCUACAAUCAUACUCUUUUGGACAACACUUGGAUUAAAUGAAUUGGUGUCUUUCACUCUCAAGAUUGUGAUGCCACUUCUUGGAAUCGCUCUCAUUUCAUUAUCUUUAACUUUCAUAACUGGUCUAUACACUGUCAUCAGUAAACUUUGUUUGUUGGCCAAUGUGUUUUUGGUUAUGACAAUGAUAUUUAUUAUCAUUGUUGUUUUUCUAUACAUACUCCAUUUCCUUCCAUCAUCAUCAACUAUAAAGCCUUUGCGAUACAUUUCACACUACCCUUUUGUUUUUUUAGCCUCGCGUACUAAGACUAAAAAUUAUCAAGACAUUAAUCCAUGGGGUUAG